UAUUCAAAUUAUGAACGAUAAAGGAAUCAUGGAGACUAAAGCUUCCAUAGGGGAGAUGGGCCUUGGCGGGUUAUCCCGGCAGACCAGCAUCACUAAGACCAACUGCAUUUGCUCACCGACCACUCACCCGGGGUCAUUUAGGUGCAAGCUUCACCGGACUCCAUCGCUGCAGCGUAACAAGAGCGUUGAGACGAAC